GUUGUUGUUUUCUAUUUAUUUCUAAUGCCUUAACAACAUUGUAACAAGUACAUAAUCGCCCAUAUUUCGAAUAAAAACAUGUCCAAGCCCAUAACAUUUGUUACCGGAAAUGCCAAAAAACUGGAAGAGUUGGUGGCCAUUCUGGGACCCAACUUUCCACGUCCAGUAAUAUCUAAGAAAAUUGAUCUACCCGAGUUGCAGGGAGAAAUAGAGGAAAUUGCUGUUAAGAAAUGCAAAGAAGCAGCACGUCAAGUGGACGGCCCGGUGUUAGUGGAAGACACAUGUUUAUGUUUCAAUGCCUUGAAGGGUCUGCCAGGUCCCUAUAUCAAGUGGUUUUUGGAAAAACUUCAACCCGAGGGUUUGCACAAUCUUUUGGCUGGCUGGCCAGAUAAAUCGGCCAAAGCUGUGUGCACUUUAGCUUUUUGUGAGGGCCAAGACUCGGAACCUAUUAUCUUUCAAGGCGUUACUGAGGGCAGUAUUGUGGAACCUCGAGGUAGUCGGGAUUUUGGUUGGGAUCCCAUAUUCCAACCCACUGGUUAUGAGUUGACUUAUGCCCAGCUACCUAAAGAGGAAAAGAAUAAGAUUUCUCAUAGAUUUAGAGCAUUGGAUGCUUUCCAAAAGCAUUUUGGUGUUGCGAAAUAGAUUUUAAGUCAAAUCAAUUUUGUAUUUUUUAAGUUGAAGUGAUGUACUUGUAUUUUAAAUACAAUAACAAAAAUUAAAGUUAAAUUAAUAAAUUAAUUUUAUACCAACA